AUGUCGGUUUUAAGGAGCAGCGUUUCACAUUCAAGCAAUGGCACAGAUUCUCCUUCAUCGUUGAAAGAUAUAGAUUUCCCAGAUGGAGGAUUUAGAGGGUAUCUGGUAGUUUUGGGACUGUUUUUUGGUUUAACGGUUAAUUUGGGCCUUAUCAAUUCUAUCGGAGUUGUACAGGGAUAUGUUUCUAAUCAUCAAUUAGAAUCCCUAAAAGCAAGUCCAAUAUCCUGGAUUUUUUCUAUUUACUUGGCUUUAGCUUAUUCAGUUGGUAUCUUUGUGGGUCCGAUCUUUGACAAGCAUGGAGCUUUGGGCUUACUUAUUGGAUCAACGACACUAUUGUUUCUAGGACUAAUGGCGACUGCUAACAGCACACACAUUUGGCAAUUUAUUUUAAGUUUCAUUGCUCUUGGUAUUGGCAACGGACUAGGAAUGACUCCAUUGAUUGCAGUAAUCAAUCACUGGUUCUUGAAAAAAAGAGGAAAUUGCACUGGUUUUGCUACUUGUGGGGGGUCUGUAGGUGGCCUUGCAUUCCCUUUAUUGUUGCGUUAUCUUUACGAAGCAUAUGGAUUUGUGUGGGCCAUUAGAAUAUUGGCUUUUACUUGUUUAGGCUGUAUGAUUAUUGCUAUUUUACUUGUCAAGGAAAGGUUUACUAGAAAUGAUAUCGUUGCAAAAUCAGAGACAGAUGUUGACUUGGAAAAUAAAUCAAAGAAGCUUAGAAACAAAUUCAGUCGACUUAGUUUUGCAGACCUCAAGCAAAAAAACUACGUUGCAUUGAUUUGUGGCGGGUUUUGUGCUGAGAUUUCACUAGUUUUGAUAAUGACAUAUUUAUCGACCUAUGCUAUUGCUCAGGGUGUAAGUGAAUCCACUUCAUACUUGCUCUUGACUGUAUGGAAUGCCACAGGGAUCAUAGGAAGAUUAAUUCCUGGAUAUCUUUCUGACCAUUGGGGUAAAUUUAACAUAAACAUCACCAUGUUGAUUAGCUUUAACAUCUGUCUUUUUGUAAUGUGGUUACCAUUUGGACAUUCACUUUCUGUCUUAUAUGCAUUUUCUGCACUUGGGGGAUGUUUCCUGGGAUCCAUUUUGUCUAUGCUUCCUACAUGUCUCUCGCAGAUAAGUCCGGUGGAGCGAUUCGGGCUGCGUUAUGGUCUCUUGAAUUUUUUCCUUAGCUUCGGGAACCUUUUUGUUGUACCAAUUGGAGCCGCUGUCGUCAGUACUGGAACCGUUCAUGAUUAUAAUAUGUUUGUUGUCAUGGUUUCAGUGUUGUCUGUCGUAGGAACUUCCUUUUGGACAUUAAGUCGUCAAUUCUGCGUUGGGCAGAGAUUAAGAGUUAAAGUGUGA